AUGGUGGGAAGCCAGGCAGAGCAAAUGGCUAACAUACGAUUAGAACUUUUUGCCUUUUUCUCUGACUCUUUCAGCAUACAUGUAAAUGCAUCCCGCCAAGAAACCAAGCUGAUGGAAGAAUGUGACCAGCUCAUUGAAAUAAUCCAGCAAAGACGACAAAUAAUUGGAACCAAAAUCAAGGAAGGAAAGGUGGUGAGGUUGAGAAAACUGGCUCAGCAGAUUGCGAACUGCAAACAGUGCAUCGAGCGCUCGACAUCCCUCAUCUCUCAGGCUGAGCAGUCGCUGAAGGAGAACGAUCACGCUCGCUUCCUGCAAACUGCUAAAAAUAUCACUGAAAGGGUUUCCAUGGCAACUGCAUCCUCCCAGGUUCUAAUUCCUGAAAUUAAUCUCAACGAUACUUUUGAUACUUUCGCGCUUGAUUUUACCAGGGAGAAGAAAUUGUUGGAAUGCCUUGAUUACCUUACAGCUCCCAACCCACCCACCAUUCGAGAAGAGCUCUGCACAGCUUCUUAUGAUACCAUUACUGUCCAUUGGACAUCGGAUGAUGAGUUCAGUGUGGUCUCUUAUGAACUGCAGUACACCAUCUUCACCGGACAAGCUAAUGUUGUUAGUUUAUGCAACUCAGCCGACAGCUGGAUGAUUGUUCCCAAUAUCAAACAAAACCACUACACAGUGCAUGGGUUGCAGAGUGGCACGAAGUACAUCUUCAUUGUUAAGGCCAUUAAUCAGGCGGGCAGCAGAAGCAGCGAGCCUGGCAAACUCAAGACAAACAGUCAGCCAUUUAAACUGGACCCCAAAUCUGCUCAUAGAAAAUUGAAAGUGUCUCAUGAUAACUUGACAGUGGAACGUGAUGAAACAUCCUCCAAGAAGAGUCACACACCGGAGCGAUUCACAAGCCAAGGGAGCUACGGAGUAGCUGGCAAUGUGUUCAUUGACAGUGGGCGGCAUUACUGGGAAGUGGUUAUAAGUGGGAGUACGUGGUAUGCCAUUGGUAUUUCUUACAAGUCAGCACCAAAGCACGAGUGGAUCGGGAAGAAUUCUGCCUCCUGGGUGCUUUGCCGCUGCAAUAACACAUGGGUGGUGCGGCACAACAGCAAAGAAAUCCCCAUCGAGCCCGCACCUCACCUCCGGCGGGUUGGGAUUUUGCUGGACUAUGACAAUGGUUCCCUUGCUUUCUACGAUGCUUUGAACUCCCUACACCUUUACACUUUUGACAUUACAUUUGGGCAGCCGGUGUGCCCCACAUUCACUGUGUGGAAUAAGUGUUUGACCAUAAUAACUGGCUUGCCUAUCCCUGACCACCUAGACUCCUCCGAGCAGCUCGCGUGACUGUUAAAAGCCAAAAGGUAGGACGACGCGUCUUUCCCAGGGUGGCCCGGUGGCUGCCCACAGGAGCUUGUCUGGAGGUGGUGGACCGCACGGCAUCCCGGCCGUCACUGCCAAAUCCGGCCAGAACUGAAAAGGGGAGAAUAUCUCCUUACUGUGUACUUUGUACGGAAGGACAAGAAGUGGCUUUAAUAAUAUCUCAGAACUUUCUUUUGAAGUUGGUUUUGGUUGGUUGGUUUUGUAUUUAGUCUCUUACAGGAAGAUUUAUAAAUUAUUUAUAAAAAA